AUUUCGAUGAUAUCAUCGAGGUGGUAUCCAAAAAAUCCCGAAGAGAUACGAGCGCGAUAAUCCCAUCGUGGCUGAUUUUGCGUGCUUCCGUGAGACUGAGAAAAUAGCCGACCUACUAGAUCUGAUAAAACAGGCAACAGCAUCGCUACACAUUGGUUAAAUCGCUAAACCCGUCCUAAUUGCGUUUGUACGUGAAGUGAGAUUAGCGACCGAAAGAGGGUACAUCGGCGGGCAAAGAAAUCCAUCAAGUGCCACCGCACUCUGCCUCCAUGCGUGGUGAAUAAUGUUCUAUCAAUGCUGCACCGUGUUAUGUUAUGUUUCGUAAGCCCACCUCCUCUGCAGGAUCGCCUACAUCGUACCGACUCGUGACUCUUGCAUCCGUGCAUGAGUCGUACACAGAGCAGAAGAAAGUAGUAGGACUACCAGCUGCAUUACAUAAGGCGAUACGUUUGAACCGAGUUGACCAAAGCACCAGCUCCGGGCCCACCCGUUACCUUCUUCCACAAGGCACUAAACCCAGACCGUCCGGAUGAAACGGUGCUAAUAAUCAGCGACAGCGUCUAAAGCAAGGUGGUGUACAUUAAGUGGUCGGUCGGCAGGAAGAAUUAUUCAUCUGUCUUCGCUUGUGAGCGUUCGCAUGCUGUACCUUGUACAGAGACGCUAGAGACGGUCCGGUACUCUUGGUACCUUCGGAUACUGCAACGAGCAUUGCAAGGGCUCACCAGCGUGGCCCCAAAACUGCAGCGAUGAAAUGCGCUCACCUGCACAACAUCGUGCAGCUCUCGCUGGUGGAGUUGUGCAAGCUGAAAAAGGAUGAAUCGUGUACGGAUUGCGAAACCAAUGGACCAAAUCUAUGGAUAUGUCUGCAAAAGAACUGUCUCCAUAUUGGAUGCUCGGAACAGUACAAGGACCACAGCACGAUCCACUUCCAAUCGAACCGGACGCACUGCAUUCAUAUGAACCUCUCGUCCCAGCGGGUCUGGUGUUAUCUGUGCGAAUCCGAAUUGUUCCUCACAAAGCAACCACAUCCACACCAACAGCAGCAGCAGCAACAACAACACCAUCAUCACUACCACCAUCGGCGAACGUCCGUUGUCAGCAACGAUUCGAGCGAUACUAGUCGCUAUUCGUCCGUUAACAAUGAUAAGUUGAUUGUGCACGCGGACAAGCUAGUAUCGGGUGCGACAGCAACGUCCGGUUACGGUGGCGCGACGACUGGUGAUUCCUGUGAUAGUAGCGGCGAAGAGGAUGAUUUCGAACGGCACGGCAAGUGGAACGGUUUGGUUGGGUUGCAAAAUCUGGCCAACACGUGCUACAUGAAUGCGGCCCUGCAAGCCCUAAGCAAUAGUCCACCGCUGACGGGAUACUUUCUCGACUGUGGCGCUAUUCUCGAGACGGAUCUGCUCGGCGGUACGAAUCCGGCCGUUACGAAACCUGGAUUGGCGAAACAUUACCACAAACUGAUCCGAGAGAUGUGGUGCAAGAACCGGCGGUAUGUCAUACCGAGUGGCAUACUGUGCGGUAUCCGGAUCGUGCAUCCAAUGUUCCGUGGGUACCAGCAACACGACACGCAGGAGUUUUUGCGAUGCUUUAUGGAUCAGUUGCACGAGGAACUGAAGGAAGUCACUGCUCCUCCACCGCCGGAUGUGCUAUCGCGCGAAACGGUGGAUGAGAACGAUGAACAUUCCGAUGGGCAUCCUUCACCUUGUUCGUCACCGUCACCUUCGCAAUCCGAGGGAGAGUACGAAACGUGUGACAGUGGUGUAUCGGAACGAUCGAGCCUGUCCGAUGAUCAACUGUCCCCGACCAAGCUAUCUACCAGCAACAAACGUUUCCGUAAGCUGUCAUCCCGUUCGCCGAGCCCACCCGGAACGGCCGGUGAUGGUCAGGUAAACCAAAGAAUGGUAUCAGCAGUACGGAUCCGUACCAGUUCCAUCCGGCAGCAGUCGCCCGUAGGGAGCAAUCGUUCGAACGCGAGUAGCGUUUCUACCGCAAGUAUCACCAUUGGGACUGUGGGCAACGCAGGAAGUGGAACCGGUGGUGGAGGUGGUAGCGGUGAUCCUUCGGACGGUGCAACGACAAAGGACAAGUUGCCCCAACGAUCGAUCAUUAGUGAUAUUUUCGAUGGCAAGCUGCUGUCGUCGGUGCAGUGUCUCACGUGCGAUCGUGUGUCGACGCGUGAGGAAACAUUCCAAGAUCUUUCAUUGCCGAUCCCUGGCAAGGAUCAUCUGGCGGUGCUGCACCAAACCCACCAAGGCAUGGGAUCGUCUGGUUCAGGUUCGGGCGUUUCAUCCGUUUCGGUUAGCAGUGGUGGUAGUGGGUCGAGCGGUAGUGGUAUGGGAGCGGGGCCGAAUGGUGGCUCGAGUGGAAGCACGAGCAGUGGCAUUACCUGUUCGGAUGCCGUCUAUCCGGUGAAUGGGGAUAGUUGGCUGUGGUGGUUCUGGAACUCACCCUUCUGGAGCUGGGUACGUUCGUGGUUCUGGGGACCGGCCGUUACACUACACGAUUGUAUGGCAGCGUUCUUCAGUGCGGACGAACUGAAGGGUGACAACAUGUACAGCUGCGAACGAUGCAACAAGCUGCGCAAUGGUGUAAAGUACUCGCGUGUGCUUGCCCUGCCGGAGAUGCUUUGCGUGCAUUUGAAGCGGUUCCGGCACGACCUGUCGUACAGUUCGAAAAUUUCCAGCCCGGUGCUUUUCCCCCUGUACGGUCUCGACAUGAGACCGUACCUGCACAAAGAUUGUCGCUCGGAGGUGACCACGUACGAUCUGUGUGCGGUCAUUUGUCAUCACGGCACGGUGGGCGGUGGACACUACACGAGCUUCGCGAAACACGAUCCAACCGGGAAGUGGUUCGAGUUUGACGAUCAACUCGUCACGCAGGUUACGCCGGAACACGUGCAAGGUUGCGAGGCGUAUGUGCUGUUCUAUCGGAAAAACAACUCGAAGAUGGCCACGGUGCGGGCCCAGGCGAGCAAUUUACUGACGAUGCAAGAGCACGCAUCCGAUAUUCGAUUUUACGUAUCGCGCAACUGGCUUCAUCGUUUCAACACGUUCGCUGAACCGGGACCGAUUGAUAAUUGGACGUUACUUUGUCCGCACGGUGCCUUUCCACCGAACAAGGCGUCGCACUUCUCCAAGCUGGUCGUGCCAUUCCCGCAGGCCCUGUGGGACUUUUUGUACAAAAAAUUUGGCGGUGGACCGGUGUGCAAUCACAUCUUUCCGUGUCACAUCUGUAAGAAGGCUGCCGAAACAUUGUCCCGGAGGCAACAUUACGAGCUGGAAACAUUUACUGCAUACAAUGACGAUUUUCAGUUUAAUGAUACACCGACUACAAUCUACGCGAUAUCCAUGGCAUGGUUCCGACAAUGGCAGCUGUUUGCCCGUGGUCUUACUACCGAUGAUCCGGGACCGAUCCAGAACAAGUCAAUCGCCAUACAGGGUGACACUAGUGUGCCGCUUCGCUGUGUUCGUCCAUUCUCGGACUAUGCGCAGAUCAAUGCGAACCUGUGGCACUUUUUCCACGGUAUAUAUGGCGGUGGUCCGGAAAUUGUGUUGCAAGGCAAUCCGGUUCCUCCACCGGCAUCGCAUCAGGCCGCCUCGCAACAGGAAGAACAAACAAGGCAGCAACAACAGCUACCAAAGGAGCAGGUCUCAGAAUCCAUGGAUGUAUCGGAACAAGGAUAUUCAACAACGGAUUCACGAUCGAGCACCGUUCCUAAACAAUCGGAUCAAGAUUCUGCAAUUGAAGUGACCGUAACGGAACCGCCGCCACCACCACCACCACAGCAACAGCCGCAACAUUCAGUGUUAUCGAAUACAGUGGCCACAUCCAGUGCAGGAAUCACAAGUCCACGACCUCAGAAAAGCGUAUCGUUUGAGGAUACGGACGCGUAUCAUGAUGAGGAUAGUAGCGAUGGUGAAAUGGCAGACGGAACUGACGGACACAGUGCCACAAAGCAGCAAACAUUCCCUUUCUCGUCCGGAACAGCCGGAAAUGCGCACGGUUCGAAGCGGAAAUCACAUCCUAAAUCUGGUGCGACCUCGUUGCGGCGUCAUGAAGCUGGUGUGAAAUCAACCACAGGAUCGGAAGUGGUUCCAACGGGAUUUAAACGAAAGCAGCACGCAGUGAGCAGUGGUAAGCACCAGUCGGAUGCAAUACCCACGGCGAUGAUGAAUGGCGAUUGUUCAGGAAACCUGGCGACGGCUGCUGUUUCGGCCGCUGUACACGGUGUAGAGCAUCUGGAAAUAGGCACCAAAAAGGAUCGACGACACAGGGCUAGCAUGAUGAAGGCGAACGGUUUCUUUGGUCCCGAAGGCAAAUAUCAAAGCUCAUCAAACGAUUACUCAAAUGGAGGCGACAAUAUGAGUGACGUUAAUUCGACAAUUACGCGGACAGAAUCAUUAUCCUUUCACACGAUGUUGGGUUCCUCUGCGGGUAUGAAUGGAGUUCGUUCCAUGGCCAGCUCUUCCUCUGUUCCAACGUUCACCGGACAGUCGACCGAUACGGCCCCGAUCCCUGCCGAUGGGAGCAAAACUACGGUGGACGAAACCCCGUCACUACUAACACUGUCACAACCGCACGCUCCGGAUCACACGGGAACGAACAGUACAAGCUUGCACGAGUCAAAUGAAUAUCUUCAGGACGACAAUGACAGUAAAACGGGCAGCAGUUCGUUGCCAUCGACAACUUCCAGUGCCAAAAUGUCGUCCCGCCAAAAGGGAUCACAUCAUCGCCAUCAGGCCCAGACCGUUUCCGACGCACUGACAGCAUCGGUGACGGAGACGAUUGCCGGUGGAGUGUCCUUCGGUCGACGGAAGCUAAAGAUGAAGUACAUGAAAAAGUUGGCCGGUCGCAAGACAGGCAGCAGUGGGGGGCGUGGGCGGAAUGGGACGAUGGUUGAUGGGGAUGAUGGUAGCAUCGAGGACGGUGCUACGGUUAUACCGCUAACCAUCAAUGGCGUCGGUGAGCAUGUCGCAGGCGAUGGCGAAGGUGUCAAAUGAGAACGGUUGCGUCGUUUCCGCUUUCCCUCGCUACGAUGAAGCGAGAAAGGGCGGAACUGAGAGGGAAGAAAGGAUUUGCAUUUCUUGUUAGUAGACGAAGGAGUGUUACUUUUUAUGAUUCAUUUCUAGUUCUUGAUUCUAGGGGAUCCGGUGGAAGCAGAUUGUCCCUGUGGUGUUUGCUUAUCGUGUAAUGAUUCCAUUUUAUUCGUUCAUCGUGUACUGCCCUCCGUCUUUACGAUUGUUAGAUUAACCGUUUUACUUUAAACAUAGUUGUGGGCUUCGUUAUGGAUGGUGCUUAAGCCGAUAAGCAAGCAGCGAUGGGUUUGUGUUGAUAUCGAUAUUUAUUUAAACAACCAUUUAUGUUCGUUGGACGAUUGUUAGACAAGGGAUUAUGUUUAAAAUGAACUUUUCAAACUAGCAAGCAUACGCGUGUAUGUACAAUAGUUUCGUAGCUGUGCACUGUUUGUUUGGCAAUAAGUUAGUUAUAUUACCCGGUUUGUUUCUUACUAUCUCUACGUAUUCCUUCUCGUUUGUUGAGUAUUGUUUUUGUGUGGUCCAAUGUAAAGGGGUUUGUCAGGAGAGCUCUCGUGGACCAAAAACCCGUGUUUGUAGAUCAUUUCUUGUAUGGGGGAAAAAUUGAAACCAAAAAUAAGAUGAACCCCAUCAGAUGCAACCGCAGAAAAUAUUCAAAAGCAAUUAGUGAUGCACAUACAUUAACAAUAACACACCUGGAUAGCACAUCUUCUAAUCAGAAGUUGACGAGAGUUGAAGCAAACGUUACAUUGAAACAAUUAUCGUAAAUCGUAACUUCUUUCUCCUGAGGCACGAAGUCGACAGCUGAUUGUCUUUGGCUUAAGGGUAAUUUCUGAAGAAAAACUUCCCCAACCGUUUGGAAUGUGGUACGUGGAAAGUGAUAGAAUCAUGCGAACUGCGUGUAGUGGAUUAGAUCGAUUCGAUGCCAAGAAAAGGAAGCAUUAACGUUUAGAUGUUAUAUUAGUUUAUACUUGUGAUUUAAAACUGUUCUUUUGCAAAAACAGAUUCGAAUGUUCUACUUCAACAUCGGCGGCACGUCUCGAGAGACACGUUUGUAAGUUCUUAUUCGGGUGAUUAAGCGCAAGGAAGUGAUACGCAUUUCUGGGAUGGUAUUUCUGUAAAUCUAUGGUUGAGGUAUAGCCGUAUAGUGUAUAGUUUAAGCUAAACGCACGCGUUUCAUGAUCGAAUAGUACGUACGUGGUUAGUGCAGCAAACUCGUGCUAAGAAUAAAUGGGGUUAGAGGCAAUUUGCUGCCGGCUGAGAGCCGUGUUAAUGCUGUAGCGUUUUGGGUUCCAAUCGCAUGCACUUAUUGAAAUAUGAAUAAAACAACUACAAAGUUUACC